AUGGACCUCAGAUCAACGGCUUCUCUCAAACUGCUGCUGCUGCUGCUGGGCCUCUGCAGAGCUCACCGUGACAAUAAUCAUAGUGCUGAUAAAGAUAUCUCAGUGAAUACGCUGGACAUGGAGGACAUUACCUCAACCAUUCUGAGGAUGAACAAUGGAUCCAGAGAUUUUCUGCUGGAAGGAGACGUGCUCAUCCCAAGAACCAGGAAUGCUAUGAAGUGCUUUAAUAAAGCAUAUUCCUGCCUCUGGCCCAAGUCUGCAAACGGGAAUGUGGAAAUCCCUUUCCUUAUAAGUAAAAAGUAUGAUGACAGUGAGAGGAGUGAGAUUUUGAAAGCAAUGAAGGACUUUGAAGACAAAACCUGCAUUCGCUUCAUUCCACGUGCAUCUCAGAGAGUGUAUCUGAGCAUUGAACCGAGAUAUGGCUGCUUCUCCCUACUGGGUCGUGUUGGAGACAAGCAGGUGUUGUCCCUGCAGAGGUUUGGCUGCGUACGUCACGGCAUCAUCCAGCAUGAGCUGCUGCACGCACUGGGUUUCUACCACGAACACACACGCAGCGACCGCGACCAGUAUGUCAAAAUCAACUGGGAGAACUUACAUGACUAUUAUGUCUACAACUUCCAAAAGAAAGACUCAAACAAUCUCAACACUCCCUAUGACUACUCCUCUGUGAUGCACUAUGGAAGAACUGCCUUUGGAAAGUAUGGAGCAGAGACCAUAACCCCCAUCCCUGAUGCCUCUGUUCUCAUCGGGCAGAGAGAAGGUCUAUCCAAGAUCGACAUCCUCCGGAUCAACAGACUCUACCAGUGCUCAAAACACAUCUGA